AUGUACCACAACCCUCUCAUCUACUGUACCUGCUGGGACCCCUGGAACUUGGGAUCACGGAAGCUAAUCAAGACCCUUCAGCCACCAAACAAGGUCCCUACCAGGAAGUCCAAGUCAACUCCUCUUCUACCGGCUACAAAAGAACAGAAUUACCUCCAAUCCCCACCAUCAACAAAACCUGUUGAUGUCCCAAAAGCGAAAACCAACGUAGGAAGGCAAGAGGAGGGUUGUAAGUCACCUUAUGAAGUGAUCAAUGUGUCACCUGGCUAUCAACUUGCCCGGAAUCGGAAACAGAUUUCUGUCACCUUGGGGGAUGAAAUGUUUGGUAGGAAAAAGCGGUUGGAAUCUGARAUGAUGGACAAAUUCAACAUGUCCAGGACCAACAUAAUUAGUGACCUUGAAGAGCAGAUCUCAGAGCUGACAGCAUUAAUAGAACAAAUGAACAGAGACCACCAGGCUGAUCAGAAAUUGCUUUUUAAUGAAAUGGAACUCCAGUGUGCUGAGAUGAAACAGAACUUUGAAAACAAGAACAGGGAGCUCAGAAAGGCUCACAGAACAGAGCUCAGUGAGUUAGAGAACAAGUACAAAGAAGCAUUGAAGGCAGAGAAGGCAGCUUCCCGGGGAAAACUAGAGGAGAUGGAAAAGGAGUAUAAGUAUUUGAAGAAUAUGUUUCAUAUGUAUCAGGACAGCAUUUAUGAUGAAAUAGAAGAAAAAUGGUCAAAGCGGAAAGCAGAAUGGGAGAAGGAUGAGAAGUUGGAGCGGGAAAAGAUCCUGCUGCAACAGAAACACAAGAUGACAAAAAAGUUCGAGUUAGAGUCAGAAGAAGAAAAAAAGAAAAUAACUGAAUCCUACAGUGCUUCCAUUGAGAACCUCAUUAUCGAGAAGGAGGAACUCUUGAAACAACAUGAAAGCGACACCCUGCAAUUACAGGAGCUGAGGAAGACCAAAGCGAUCAUGGAGGAAGAGUUGCACGCACAAGCUAUUAUUCUAGAGUCACUUAACGCGCACCUCUACCAAACGCAGAUGGAACUCCAGAAAGAGAAAGCCACAGUGGGAAAUCUUGAGAAGAUGUUCCAGAUCAAGCUUGCUGAAGCUAAUGAAAAGCAUAAGCACACCAUAGAGAGCCUGACAGAGGAAAACCUUCUUCUAAGGUGUGGAUGCUGUUGGCAAAAGAUUGCCAAGAAUGAAGAAGAAGUUUAUGAAAGACAAUCUGGAACCUUGCCCUCUUUAGCCAGUUAUGAGUAUAAUUAUGAUUAUGACAUUGAAAACUGCAACAAAAAACAAGAAUCAUAA